AUGCUUCUUGUGCUCUAUUUUUGCUCAAGAUUCAAACCCAUAACGAGACUUCGAUAUUGCUUCCAUCGUACUCAAAUUUUCAAGAUGUCGACGUACUCAAAUUGGUCAAAAGAGGACCUCGUCGACCGUAUAAAACAAUUAGAAUCUGAGCGUGUACCAUCUCAAUCUCAAAAGGGUACCCAAAGAUCCUUGCUGUCUUCCUCCAGCGCCCAAGCGCAGCAAAGAGCGUUCCAUUUCGCAUCGCAUCCGAGAAGAAAAAUCGCACUCAAAUUCUGUUAUUCUGGUUGGGAAUACAAUGGUCUUGCUUAUCAGACGAGUCCAACGCCUUUACCUACUGUAGAGGGAGUCCUUUUCGAUGCGUUAGCUCACGCCAGACUUAUCGACCCGAAGGCGGGAUACGAAGGUUGUGGCUGGGAGAAGUGCGGAAGGACAGAUAGAGGGGUUAGCGCUGCUGGACAAGUUAUAUCUCUGUGGGUCAGAAGUGCAUUGGGAACCGUCGAAAAUCCGGGCUCGCGAUCACCUCUUGGCGAAGAUGUCAGCGAGUCUGAGCCAAAUGAAGUACCGACACAUAGAUCGAUUCAAGGAACGCCUUCAGGAGACGAUGCGUUUGGUUAUUUAGACCUGGAUGACGAAGAACCCACACAAACCACCAGCACAUCCAUUUCAUCCACCUCACCGAGACCAGAACUCGCGUAUGUGACCAUCCUAAACCGAAUCCUUCCCCAGACUAUUCGAAUCCUUGCAUGGUCCCCAGUUUCCCCCUCGUUCUCCGCCCGGUUCGCGUGCAAAUUCCGACAUUACAAGUAUUUUUUCUCUGCAGAGCACCUAGACAUUCCAAACAUGCAGGAAGCGGCGUCGAGGCUAGUCGGCGAACAUGAUUUCCGAAAUUUGUGCAAGGUGGAUGCUGGAAAACAGAUAGCGAUUUUCACGAGAAAGAUACUGAAGGCGGAGAUCAUCUCAGUAGACGGAGAUAAUACCACCCCCAAAAUGCAUGUGUUGAAUCUUGUCGGUACGGCCUUUCUGUAUCACCAAGUUCGCCAUAUUGUGGCUGUCCUCUUUCUAAUCGGACGGGGGCUUGAGCAGCCCUCGCUCAUGACCUCUCUUCUCAAUGUUCAUGAAGGAUCUGAAGAAGCGCGGGAUGGUGAGACUUUAGAAGUUGUGGAUCGUAAACCAGAAUACCAGAUGGCAGACGGUCUUCCGCUCGUUUUGUGGGACUGUGGUUAUUCGGAACAUGACGUUGUCUGGCGGGUAGAUGGACACGAAGUCCAGCCUGCCGGUAUGCAGACGACAGCGGUGUCGAUAGGUGAUACCUCGAGCUCGAGUGAGGAUGGUCGAGGAUUAUACCAUCUUCUUCACUCAUUACAUGCCCGCUCCCAAAUCUUUACGACCCUCAAUCGCCAUUUUCUAGAAGCCGCGUCAAUCUUCUUCCCUCCCCCAUGGACUAACACAGUAACCGGUGAGAUCGGGGUUCAGACUGGAGGUGGUGUCAAUUACGAAGUACCUCUGGGUGGAGGAACGUCAAGAAAACUAGCUCAAUACGUUCCCUUACUAAAGCGGGUCAGAUUGGAUUCUGUGGAGACCAUCAAUGAACGCUGGAGGUUAGGUAAAGGGUUUCGACGGGAGAACCGUAGGAAAGCUUUGGAGGACACUGGCGAAGGUGAUGAAUAA